AUGAUAAUCUCUUGCUCCGGCCUUCUCUUACUGUACGUCGAUGGCCUCUUCGUCGUGAAUCCCCUCACAAGGAGGUUUCAAUUCAUGGACCACUAUGGCUCAAAGCUUAUCCCUGAGGUCGUUGGCGGCGAUGGCGAGUGUUGGAAAGAUGGCACUUACCCCAAGAGCAACUUUUCUUGUACGCAGAGAGCUAUGUGCAUCGGUUUCACAGUAGAUCGAGUUCGAGCCGCCAAAAGAUUCAAGAUCAGACGCAGACCACGUACGGAUUCGAGAUCGGCGACGGAGAUUCCUAGAGGGUAUCCGAAACGACCAUCACCAGAGACUCAGAAAGAGAGCAUCUCGUGGAGCGGUAAGCUGACUUUCAACCCCGAGACAGAAGAAGCACGCCUUGUUCCUUGCACAUUCAGUGGAAAACCGGAUUCGAAACUGUUCCUCGCGUCCGAUGACAAGACCAAUCGCCUGACCUUGAUAUCGGGGACAAGAGAACAGAUCUCAUUUUACACACUCGAUCCUCACGAGUGGUCCCUCGCCAAACGUAUCGAGAACGUAUAUAUGGAAAAGUGUGAGCUUCUACGCUGGCAUGUGGUUGCGUUCGAUGGCAAGCGUCUGGUGGUGAGCGAGAAAGAGAGUCGUAACUUCAACGGUGUGAUUCAUGUGUACGACAUGGAAGCCAACAGCUGGGGACUUUUGGGGACAACCUAUUCUUUCUACUUACCCGGAAGCGACAUAGACUUCUUCAAGUUUACACCAUCUUUCUCCUUUCUCGAGGAUGAUGAUGAGCGCAAGAACAAGGACGCAGUAGCUUCCGAUGUCCCACGCAUCUCCUAUCUAACUGCGGUUAUGGGACUCGUUGAUAUAACCCUAUAA